CUCAGAUUCUUACCAAAACAGAGGAGCCCGUCGGCCGUCGCAAAAAAAAAAAAAAAAACAAAACAAGACCACCGCACCAUGGAAUCGCUGACGCUUCGCGCUUCGACGGCCGCCUCGCCGCUGCAGCGACGCCGGCUGCUCCCCGGACGGCAGCGCGCGACGUACGUCCGCGCCACGGCCUCCGCCGGCGAGCCGGACCUCUCCGUGCGCGUGAACGGGCUGCAGAUGCCCAACCCGUUCGUGAUCGGGUCGGGGCCACCGGGCACCAACUACACCGUCAUGAAGCGCGCCUUCGACGAGGGCUGGGGCGCCGUCAUCGCCAAGACUGUGUCAUUGGAUGCUGAAAAAGUUAUCAACGUUACUCCUCGUUAUGCAAAGCUUCGGGCAGAACCAAAUGGGGCUGCCAUGGGGCGCAUCAUUGGCUGGCAGAACAUUGAACUCAUCAGUGACAGGCCUCUGGAGACCAUGCUGAAUGAGUUCAAGCAGUUGAAGAAAGAGUAUCCUGACAGGAUACUUAUCGGUUCAAUUAUGGAGGAGUACAACAAAGCUGCAUGGCAUGAGCUUAUUGAACGUGUUGAAGAGUCUGGAGUGGAUGCUCUUGAAAUUAAUUUCUCAUGUCCACAUGGCAUGCCAGAGAGAAAAAUGGGUGCCGCUGUGGGGCAAGAUUGUGAUUUGCUAGAGGAAGUUUGUGGUUGGAUUAAUGAGAAGGCCACUGUUCCUGUUUGGGCAAAGAUGACUCCUAACAUUACAGACAUUACACAGCCUGCAAGAAUAUCUCUUAAGUCUGGAUGUGAAGGAGUUUCUGCAAUUAACACAAUUAUGAGUGUAAUGGGGAUUAAUCUCAAAACACUGCGUCCGGAACCUUGUGUUGAAGGGUAUUCUACACCUGGGGGUUAUUCUGCAAGAGCUGUGCACCCUAUAGCACUUGCUAAAGUCAUGCAGAUAGCAAGGAUGAUGAAAGAAGAGUUUGCUGAUGGACAGUCUCUCUCUGCCAUUGGUGGUGUGGAGACUGGCAAUGAUGCUGCUGAGUUUAUUCUUCUUGGUGCUGAUACAGUACAGGUAUGUACCGGUGUGAUGAUUCAUGGUUAUCCCCUUGUGAAGAAGCUUUGCGCAGAGUUACAGGAUUUCAUGAGAGAGCACAACUUUUCAUCAAUUGAAGAGUUUCGAGGGGCCUCGCUUCCGUAUUUCACGACGCACACAGAUCUGGUUCACCGGCAACAAGAGGCGGUCAGGCAGAGGAAGGCCAUCAAGAAGGGCCUUCAAUCAGACAAGGAAUGGACGGGUGAUGGGUUCGUCAAGGAGACCGAAAGCAUGGUAUCCAACUGAUGCAUCUCUGCCACCCCCCACCGGGCCAUUCCUUACACCAUGCUCCAACUUCAUCUUUUUAAUAAACGCGCACCAGAAAUGCCACACACCAAGCAUCUAGUCCUCAUCUGUACAUGGUUCUGAACCUUGGGCCUUCAGUCUAUAGAACAGGCCAUGAAUCCACACAAAGUCGUGACAACGGGUGACAUUGAGCGAUAUAUUUGUCAUGUGAACAUUAAUUUGUAGCACUGAGCUGAGGGCUUGACCUUGUAAAAUCUUGGAGACUUCAAUCUCGCACAGGUUUUCUCAGGAGUUUAU